AUGUCCCGAGAAAUCAUGCGUGCAAUUGAUAUUGAGAAUGGGAGCGGACCAAUUUCGAGUCUUUUUCUAAACGACAAUGUUCCUAAACCCAUACCUUCUACAUCUCAGGCUCUGGUUAAGAUUCAUUCUUUUGGUCUUAAUCGGAUGGACUUGAUGCAACGUGAGGGGAAAUAUAAUGUGCCCCCGCAAGCGGGAAAGAUUCUAGGUGUGGAAUUUUCGGGAGUGAUCGAGGAACUUGGGGAUGGAGAUGUAGGGGAUUUUAAGAUUGGGGAUGAAGUUUUUGGACUCGCGUAUGGAGGAGCAUAUGCGGAAUAUCUGGCAUCAUCGACGAAGAUGCUCAUUCAUAAACCAGCUGAGAUGCCUUGGUCUGUAGCUGCUGGAAUCCCUGAGACAUGGAUAACGGCAACUCAAGCUUUGCACCUCGUAGGAUGUUUCAAACCAGGAGAUAAUGUCCUCUGGCACGCUGGAGCAUCCGCUGUAUCCAUUGCUGGAAUUCAAUUAUCUAAAGCUGCUGGCGCCAACAAGAUAUUCGUGACAGCCGGUUCUGAUGAGAAGAUAGCGUUCUGUAAGAGCUUGGGGGCUACACAUGGCUUUAAUUACCAUACGGAGAAUUGGGUCCAAGAAGUGCUAGAUGCGACUGAUGGACAUGGAGCCGAUGUAAUUGUUGAUUUUAUUGGCAAGAACUACGCUCAGGGAAAUCUUGAAGUAGCAGCUAUGGAUGGAAGGAUUGUCCAACUGGCUAGUCUUAGCGGGUACAAACUUGAUGGCUUGGAUAUUGGCCCGCUUGAAAAUAAGCGUUUGCGAUGGGAGGGCAGUAGAUUGAGAAGUAGACCUUUGGAAUACCAAGGCAAACUGAGAGAUGUGCUGGCUGAAAGUGCGCUGCAAAAAUUCGCUGAUGGAACUUUUCAGGUUCCUAUCGAGAGGGUUUUCUCUUGGAAGGAUAUUAGGCAGGCACACACAUUGAUGGAAAGCAACCAAUCGAAGGGGAAGAUUAUCUGCAUGGUCAAUUGA